UGUGUGUACUCACAGGGUGUAUAGAAACGUUUGAGGAGGUUCCUGAGCGCACACGGUUUAAAGGAAAGCAGUGCCCAGCACCUCUCCUCCCAUACGGUCCCUUUUGUAUAACUGAGCGGCCUGAGAUUCUCCUGCUCCUGAGGCCUGCUGCUGGGAUGGAUCUCGUUUCCCUCAUCCCCUCUGACAGUCACCCCACUUCAACUUCACGGGAUAAAGGAAUACCCCCACCACAGUCAGAAGCUUAGGCUUUUUGGGCAGAGGAAUAAAGUCUUCUGGGGCAGCAGUCUUCUCGGGACACUCAGCAGUGCUGUGGGCAUUGGGUUAAGGUCCUGACUCUCCAGGAGCAAAAGAAUCAGUAGAAGGAGGAAGAAGUUACAGGAUUUGAUAUCAGCAUUUCUUGGGACACACUUGAUUGAAGACAGAACCGAAUUUAGGGCAGAUCCAGAAGACACAGUGACAGAACCUCCCUGUUGCCAGCUGUUUUCAGAAAACAGAAGAAAAUGAUCGAGGCCCAGGAAACCCUGACAUUUGACGAUGUGGCCGUUGACUUCACGUGGGAGGAGUGGCAGUUUCUGGCCCCUCCUCAGAAGGACCUGUACCGGGACGUGAUGCUGGAGAACUAUAGCAACCUGCUGUCUGUGGGUUAUAAAGCCAGCAAACCAGACAUACUCUCCAAGUUGGAUCAAGGAGAACCAUGGACGAUGGAAGAUGAAAUCCACUGUGGAACCCAUUCAGAAGUCUGGAAAGUUGAUGAUCACCUGCUGGAGCACUUACAAAAUGAAAGCAUGGAGAAGAGACUAGAACAAUGGCACAAACAGAACCCACUGGAAUAUUCUGUUCAUCGGAGGAGAACUCAUUUUCUGUUCAGGCAAAAUCAGGGUAUGUUUGACUUACAUAGAAAAAGUAUGAAAUCAAAUUUAACUUUACUUUCCAAGAGCAGGAGCUAUGAAAUAAACAGCCCUGCUGAGUUUACUGGAGAAGUCAGAUCCUGUCUCCAUGCUGACAAUGAACAAUUUCAUACUGAAAUUAAAUUCCCCACAAGCCAAAAACUCACCAGCACUAAGUCCCAAUUCAUCAAGCAUCAGAAGACUCAAAAAAUAAAGAAAUCUCACGUAUGUGGUGAAUGUGGGAAAGCUUUCAUCAAAAAGUCUUGGCUCACUGAUCACCAGAAUCUUCAUACAGGAGAGAAGCCCCAUCGAUGUAAUCUAUGUGGGAAAGCCUUCUUCAGAAAGUUCAAGCUCACUGAACAUCAGAGAACGCAUACAGGAGAGAAACCUUAUGAAUGCACUGAAUGUGGCAAAGCCUUCCUCAAGAAAUCAGGGCUCAGUGUCCAUCAGAAAACCCAUACCGGGGAGAAACCAUUUAUAUGCAGUGAAUGCGGAAAGGGCUUCAUCCAGAAGGGAAAUCUUAUGGUGCAUCAGCGGAUUCACACAGGCGAGAAACCUUAUAUAUGCAAUGAAUGUGGAAAAGGCUUCAGCCAAAAGACAUGCCUCACAGCACACCAGAGAUUUCACACAGGAACGACUCCCUUUGUGUGUGGGGAAUGUGGAAAAACCCUUUCCCAGAAGACAGGUCUCAUUAAACACCAAAGGACUCACACAGGAGAGAAACCCUUUGAAUGCAGCGAUUGUGGGAAAGGCUUUAUCGAGAAGCCGCAGCUCGUUAUACAUCAGAGAAUCCAUACAGGGGAGAAACCUUAUAGAUGUAGUGAAUGUGGGAAAUCAUUCAGAGGGAAGUCAGUCCUCAAUAAACAUCAGAAAACUCAUUCAGUCAAGGUGGAAAAUUCUCCCUCAGAGGGUCACAGGUCCUCACAGAGCAGUGUUGUCCUCCAAGAGAAAAACCUAAAUACAGUGACAAUGCAAGUACCUUCUGUGGUCCCUCAGACAUCAGUCAACAUCAGUGGGCUCCUAGCAAACAGGAAUGUAGUCAUAGUGGGACAGCCUGUGGCCAGAUGUGCACCCACAGGAGACAGCAGAGGGUUGGCACAGGAGAGAACCCUUAUGAAUGCAGUGAAUGUGGUUGUGCCUUCAGUGGUCAAUUAUAUUUUAUUUUAUGUCACAGAAAACCAGUAGGGAAAAAAAUUAAGACAUUCUCUGAGCGAAAAUUUCUAGUUCAUAUGGUGGCUGAAAAGUAUACACUGAGAGAAACUAUAAAUGCUGAGACUGGGAACACAUGACCUACUCAUCCAAUUACGUAUAUGCCUUGAUACUGAGGCAUAAUCUGAUGUUAACCCAAACACAUACACAUCAAUUGCUCUGUUGUGUCAAUUAAAUAAAUGAAGGAAGCCUGAGUUCAACUAAGUGGAGGGAAUAAGGAGGUGAAUUUUUUAAACAUAUAAUUUGUUUCUGGAAGGUUGCUAUGGGGGAAAAAUCACAAGAGGUCUAAUAUUGGAUUGGUGGGCUAUGGGGCGUGUAUAUAUCAAUUCAGUUUCCCUGGGCCAAGGUGAACGAUGAAUCUGAAACUGGGAUGUCUUCCUUAAACUUUCAGAAGUUUAUAUUAUGCAGAGGGACUAAUGAAACAACAGCCUUAGGCUGAGUCAAUUUGGUCUUUCACAGAGUAUUUGUCAAAUUCGUCCUUGGUAUAUGGUUCUGUUCCAAAAGCUGAGGAUACUGUGAUCAGAACAGAGAAAGCUCAUGGUCCCCUGUAGAGACCAUUGAGGUAGUCGGAUUAUCUUUAAGUGGCAUCUCUACACUCAAGCUAAUUUAGUGAGAGGAUGUAAGUAUCCAUAAUAAGUGAAAUGGACCUGGAGUAAUUGGCUCAAGGGAAUAUGACAAUUUAUUGUUGAAGGAGCAUCAUUUGGGGGAUGGGGGAAGGAGUUAAUAAUGGUAUUUAAGCACCAUAGAACACAAAUAAGUUUUUUUUAAAUUUAUUUUAUUGAAGUAUAGUUGAUGUACAAUGUUAAUUUCUGCUGUACAGCAAAGUGACUCAGUUAUAUGUAUGUAUAUAUAUUCUUUUUCAUAUUUUUUCCAUUAUGGUUUAUCACAGAAUAAUGAGUAUAGUCCCCUGUGCUAUACAGUAGGACCUCGUUGUUUCAAGUAAGUUAUUUUUUACUUUUAUUUAUGUAUUUAUUUGGCCACGUCACACGGCUUGUGGGAUCUUAGUUCCCUGAACAGGGAUUGAACCAGGGCCCUCAGCAGUGAAAGUGUGGAGUCCUAACCACUGGAUCGCCAGGGAAUUCCACAAAUAAGUUAUUUUUUUAGAUGCCUAUUUGUUAUCUCCACGAGGAAAUUAUAAAUUCCUUAAUUUUAGUGGCUUUCUUUAAAUUUUAAUGUUUAAAAAAAUUGAAAACCAGUAAGAUGAAAAAUCAGUUCUUCAGCCACAUUUCAAGCACUCAACAGUCAUGUGACUUGUGGCAAUAGAAUUGGACAGCACAGACAGCAAAAUGGUGAGACAAUGGGAAGAUGCUCUACCGUCAUUUCCAUUGUACCAGGAAGUUAUACUGGAGAGUGCUGGUUUCUAUGAUUUUCAGUUUCCCAGCACAGAGGGGGGAAAAAAAAUUCUUAUCAUCUCUAGAUUUGGAAAGUGAAUGAAUAAACUAAUGGGCUAAUCAAAGUGUAUUCUGUCUGUCACUGAAGGGAAAGACAGUUCUAAAGACCAAAAUUGACACCCCAAACUGUUUGAGGUUAGAGAGACUUAACUGAUUAUAAAGGGACAAAGCAGAAAAGGAAAAUGAUUCCUAGAAUAGAACAAAAUGCAAAAUGAGAGCCUUAGUCUUUAAGAAUGGUGGAGUGUAUAGGGAGUGGGGGGAGGUGAGAUCUUCUUGGAAUGUCUUGGAAAUGAAUCCUGAGAUUUGUCCACAGGCCUAACACCUGUGAAGAGUUGCCAUUUAAAGAUCCUGACUCCUCUGUGACCUGCUGAAUUGAGACAGGUGUCUUCUAUCUCCCUCAUUCCUUCCUGCUGUCCUCAAAGUGGGGUCUUUGCUUUCUCCUUUAUCCAGAGUUCUUUCCCAUGAUCCCAUGAGGAUAUAAGAUCCCAAUUACAAACAGUCCUACUCAUAGGAAAAGACAUGGAAAUUUGCCGUGCUGUGGCCCACUCAGAAUUCAAUCAAAAUCCUGGGUCUGGGUAAUUUACUCCUCCAGAAACGUUUUAAAGCGCCAUCACUGUGCAAAUCACUGUUUUACACAGUGAGAAAACAUCAGUGAGCAAAACAGGCAAAGGAACAGCCUUUAUGGUGGACCAUAUAAUCUAGUGAAGGAGAGAGAUGGUAAGAGAGAUUACAAAAUGUCAGGAAGUGAUAAAUCCUAUGAGGAGAAAUGAAGUCUAAUAAUAGUAAUUUAUAGUAAUCUGUAGGUAGUAAUGAGGGAGAUUUCCCCCUCCCCAAGGAAAGGCUUUUCUGGAUAUAAUUUGAGCCAAAACCGAAGUACUGAGGGGAAUCACCCUUCAGAAUAUAUGUAACCAGAGAACAUUCCAGGACUGUUUGUAAUAAUUGUCUAUGACAAACUUCCUGCCUCAGAUUCUCUGAGAAACUUAAUGCAAUUCCUGAGUCACACCCCACACCUCCUAAACCAGAACCUCUGGGGCUGGAGUCCCGGACUCUGCAUUUUUAACAAGGGCCUGAUGCACACCUAAUUUUGAACAUAUUUGUCCUAAAUCCUGGGCUACGGUCCCCAUCACCACCCUCACAUUAUAAUGGGAUGGAUUCAGGACAGGGAGUCUCCAGCAAAGAAUCAGUCACGAGGGCUCCAGCAACCUGACCCUCAGCUCCCCUCCACUUCCUGUCCUGUGACUCUCCACUUCCAGCCAAGGCAUGGUCAGGCAGGCUCACUCCUCGAACUGAUCAGUUGGAGCCUGGGAUGGGUUGGCUGGGCUGCCCUGAGCUCUGAGGGCCACGUGCUGAGCUUACCUUUCAGAACUUGGCAUCCCCAGGUAAAGGAGGCCCAGUGCAUGCCUAAGCCUGCUUCCACACCCAGGAUCCUUACGAUUUCAAUAAAGAUCACCCUUCACCUCAAACAGUGGUUAGGAGUGGGCAAUUGAGUCAUACUGC